GCUAAAUAGUUAAACUUUUUGAAAAAACAAAAUAAUAUUAUAUUUGCAAAAUGCAACGACCGAAUUAUGCAAAACUUUAUAAAGCACCAAAGGGCUACGUUCAACCUGAAACUGAAAAAUUGCGGCAUGAUACACAACAUCCGAAUUACAAUUCGUUACAAUAUCAAUUAAAACCGAUAAAUAGAACUCCACGAAUUUUAAAGUACUAUGAUAGUUUUUCUGUGAACAAAAAUGGUGUGAUAGCUUUAGGUUGUAAUGAAUUAACUGGACGUGUUUGGGAUGGAUAUGUCUGGGGAUUUGAAAAUCUUCAAUCCCUUGAAAUGGAUGUGAACACAAAUUCCAGCCUCGGUGUUUUUAAAAUUCAUUUAGAUUCCAACGUUACUAACGUAAUAUUUGUUGAUCCAAAAAUAUUUGCAGUAUCUCAAGCAAAUGGCAGCGUACAAAUAUGGUCAACACAAUCCGAAAAUUCAUCUACGUACUGUCCUCUUUUGAUCGGUGCAAGGAAAGAACAUUUUGGUAUAUUGUUGUCUAUGACUACAUUAAAUAAAAAUAAUUUAUUAGUAACUGGAUGUAGUCAAGGGCUAUUGAAAGUUUGGGAUAUUGGAAAAGGCUCUUUAGAGUCAAUUCACUCAAUGCAUAAUGCGCAUUCCGACAGUAUUACAUCAAUUUCAAGUUGUUUCAACACAGAAUCUGUAUUUGUUACCUGUUCACUUGAUCGAAGUGCUUUAAUUUGGGAUUACAGACAACAAAGACCAGCUAUGGGGAUAUUUGAAAAUCAUGAUAUUGAUUUAACAGCAAUUCAUUGGUGUAAUGUUAGUGAGGCUGACAAUGAUUUAAUAUAUUUAGGAGAUGCGGCUGGUGAUGCAUAUAUGAUUGAUGUAAAAAUGCCAAAUAAGUUCUUAGAUAAAAUUGAGGUUCAUACAAGACCGAUCACGAAAUUCCGUUUCUCAGGUUCUAAAAUGGCCAUAAUCGGCGAAACAAAUAUGGUUAGGAUAUAUGAAAAUAGAGGAAAAUUAGCGCCAGAUGUGAUGUAUGAAUGUAUUUACACAGAUUCUACUGCGACUAAUAUGGUAAGGGAUGCUUUAUGGAAUCCACAAAAUUCACACGAACUGCUUUCCGUUGGUUGGGACUCUAAAUUGCAUAGACAUAUUGUUUCUUAAGUAUGUCAGAAGCUGGUGUGAAUUUUAAUGCAUUUUAAAAUUUCAUAUACUAUAGUUUUAUAAUCGGAUUAAGUUUUGUUACACAAUUUUUUUAAAAAGAAUUUUUUACCACAUUAAAAAACAAAAGGUUACCACAUUAGAUAA